AUGAAAUAGUUUCAGGGGUGACUCAAGCCACCGUCAUAACGUUUUGCUGACAAUGAUGUUCCCGACAAACUCGUAAUGGGACAUUUGGAGCAAUUCGACGCGUAUUCAUGGAAAAGAUUCGAUCUUCAGCGCAAUUACAAGAAAUUUGAACACGUUCUCCGUGAUUUAGCUGGUAGCUGUAUCAGCAGGCCCAUGAGUACGAGUAAGGCUUGGCAAUCGAGAGGCGAGGGCGAGAGCCAUCCAUGACUUAAAUGUUGUGCUACUACUAUAUUGCAAGGUGGAGCAUUUAUUGACCUUUAUGUACAUGUUAGAUGAUUUUGAAUUGCAAUACAUUGAAUGAGUUAUGUUUCGAGCCCUCUCAGUAUCAAAGAUCAAGUUUUCAUAGAGGGUUUAAUAUGGCCGUUGCUGAUAAAGCUGAGAUGGGUGUUCAAAUUGUUGUGGUCUUUGAAGGCAGAAAGUGCACACGAAGCAACAUUUUCGUAAAACGUUUCGCUCUCACUCAUAAACGUCCGAGGGCUAUGCCGCAUCGAAGCGAGUAUAUCUGUCGAAUCGGACUGACCAAAGCCAUAUUCACAGCAUGAAAUUAAUGUUAAUAUCAUUGCUAAGGUUUGCUUUAG